AUGACAAUGGAGCUAUACCAUUAUAAACAAGAGUCAUUCAUUGUUUCAGAUUCCCACUCUGGACCAUCUCCUGUUGCUGCUCCUCAUUUACGGCAUCAGAGCACUAACUGGGACGUAGUGGAGAAUUGUAUUGCAAAUCUCAAUCAGGGAAAUUCUAUUUCUUGGAUUUCUGUGCAUCAACAAGGAAAAAUCCAAGGAUUGUUCGCAACUUAUUCGAAUGACUCGUCGAUGAAACGAUUCUAUUACCGAGAAAAAUAA